UCUCUCCACUCGCUGAUACGCGGGUCUCACGUCGUCUUCUUUCCCCUUCCUUUCUUCCUCCCCUCAUCCCCUCUCUCCUCUCCAUGGCGUCGGCGCGUUCCGGUCCCACUCCCCCUCGUAGCAACGCACGGCAAUCUAGUCUGUCGUGAAAUGCUAUAUACGCCACGGCAGGCGCGAGGAGGCAUGAUGCGGCGGUGAGCACGGAGGCCGGAGGCCGCCAUGGCCGCCGCGGCCUUCCUCCUGCGCCUGGGCGGCGCCGGCGUUGCUUCCUCCCACGUGCGGGGCUGCCCCGCCGCCUCCUCGCCUCCCACACGGCGGCGGCCUCGGCAGCCUCAUCUUCCGGGAAGGUGGUGGUGGUGGAGUGCAGUUCCUCCUCCUCAUCCAUGGCGGCGGCCCGCUUCCGAGGCCUCCUCUAUUUCCGUGGACCCAUCCUACCUGUGGAGCCAUGGGGCGCGCUCAAGAUCACCGCCUUCGCCAUUCCCCUGCUGCGGCGGACGAUGACAGCCGGCCUAAAUAUUCCUCCAAGAACACCCUAACUGGCUGCUCUGGUUGGCCUGGUACACGAAUCAGCUCUGUGCGGUCUCCAAGCUGUGAGAACACGAGUCCAUACACAGUCCAUGCCGCUGGAUCAGCCCAGUACAUCCACCUCCACCAAGCCGGCAUCAUCUAGAGGUGAAUGAUAUUGCAUCAUAUGCAUGUGCAAUUUUCUGUUGCAUAAUAGGAGCAUCUAUUGUACUGCCCAGAUGUAUGUGUACUACGGAUGCAUACUGAGGAGAGGGGACUGAAGAAGGAAGAGAGGGGACUGAAGAAGGAAAAAAAAAACCUUUCUUGCGACAAUGAAGCCAGAGAAGACAUUCCAUAAUCAUGAAGAUAAGGAAUGAUAGACCAGCAUCUAUCUCUAUGUUGGGUGUAAGUGCAACAGCCAUCAUCCCAUAGAGUGUGUAGUCGGUGAAGCUCAGUAUCAUGUAUAGGACAAACCAGAAGAACUUUGUGAUAGUCAGUUGGAAUCCAACCAUGGGGUACACGAUAGACGAGAAUAUGAACACUUGGAUAAGCAUAUAGGGUAUUUCAACUCCUAUCUGCACAAGGAAAUCCGAUAUGGAUCAUUAAUUUUCCUUUUUCAGGUCAGCUAAAAUCAUAGAUUAUCAGAGCUAGCCAGUUACAACUGUUCGUAUACCUGAGCAAUGACAUAUGCCAUGGAGGAGUACAUGUCAGACGCCUUCUCACAGUAGAACACAACUUUCUCCAUGGCUACAAUAGGCUGCAAUGUGCUGCAAUUCACAAGGCCUAAGAAAAGUGCUGAUGCAUAUGCAAUUCCAAGAAUAUUGAACACGUCUUGUUCCUCCUUGCUGUUGUGCAAUAAAAGGAAGGAAUUCAUUCAGAGCAACAGCAUUGAGCGAAUAGGUGAAUGGGGAGGCCCAACAACCCCAGCGAAGCCAUGGUUGGAGUUUAUCUGGAUGCCAUUUUUUUUCAAUAAGCAGGCGAUGGGGCAUAGCCAAUGGCAAAGUAGGUCGAACAAGUCCAAAGCCCUGUCUCCAUCAGUGACAUUGGGAUGCUUAUAAGAAAAGUCGAGCAAAGGAUAGCCCAGCCGGGCAAUCUUAGCAGCUCUUUUUGCUUGUAGGAUAUUGGAAGCCUCUUUACAGUCAUUGUAAGUUCAGUCAUACCAUUGAAGUUUACGGCAGCAACAGCCAUAAAGAGAGCUCCCAUAUACUUGUUGCCAUCAAAUAUCGUAUCUUGGCUCAUUUCUGUUCUAAAGAAAAGCGUUGAGAGUAUAAAAGCUAGAAAAGUGAUCUGUAUGGCCUUCAAUAUUUGAACUGGAGAGUUUCUCUUUAAUAGGAGUACUUCUCUCAGAAAGCAAGCUUUGAAAAUGUUCCAAUGUGAUAUGCUUUGUCUUUCAUGUGAUUGACAUAAUAUCCUGUCUUGUUUCAUUUUAUGUUUAUUGCAUUUCUCAUCUUCCACAAGUUGAGGAAGAUUGUAGGUCCUGAAGCAUUUUACAAACCUUUCGACGGCAUGGUACUGUUACUCUCUUUCAUCACCUGUCCAAUACUGCUGCUGGUCCAUCCUUGAGGUUACCUACCCAAUGCAAAGAGUUGAAUUUUCGUUGUACUAAUUGGGAAAAAAAUAUAUUUUGUUAUUUAUGUAUUACACUUUUGGAAAAUAGAUGAUCUUAAAUUCUUGCACUUUUAGUUUUUUUUUUCUCGAACACGCUGGAGAGCUGCGUAUCAUUGUAUUAAUAGGAGAAGAAAAGAGAACACACCCACACACACACCCCGGACAAAAGUUGGAAACUAAUCACACGUCACACUAGUUACACAGACCAACACAAGAACCAGCAAACUAACCCACUCCCUGGACAGAGAGCAGGGUAAGGCCCCUAGCUCCUGCUAAGCUCCACAUUGCACUUUUAAUUAUCUGCUCACAUGAGAGGAUCAUGAAUGGUGCAUCUCUUCUAGGUAUCCAAGUCCUAACCAUGUAAUUUGAUAUAUCAUAAUACUUAACAACCAAGUAGGAUUUGAUUUUAGAUCUCUUCAACUUAGUAUGUACCUGUUGCCCAGGUAACUCACAAUCUCAUGGGAAAGGCCGGAGGUCAGCUUGACCAGAGGCCGCUUGAUUGAAUUGAAAUGGAGUUCACGGUUACAUAGAGAAGGGGAUGCUCUGUUUAUAUAGCAGGAGCUCACCCACUAAAGUGCUUAAAGCAAAAAGCAGCCCGGCUCAUCAACUUGGAAGCCAAGGCAAGUCUAAACAAGAAACUAAUGCAUAAUUAAGAUAAAAACACUAGGCUUAUAGGCUAUCAAUCUCCCCCUAAGCCUAGUGUUGAGUGAUCUACUUUAGCCCGAUCUUCUCCCUCAUCUCCUGGAACUUAGUCUUGCCCAGCGACUUGGUGAGGAUGUCGGCCAGCUGAUCAGUAGUGGGAAUGUGUUCAGCCUUGAUGCUCCCGUCUUCCAGGCAAUCCCUGAUGAAGUGGUACUUGAUCCGGAUAUGCUUGCUCCUCCCAUGGAAGACGGGGUUCUUGGCCAGAGCUAAGGCUGACCUGCUGUCCACCUUGAGCUCCACCACAUCCGCGCUGCUGCCCCGCAGCUCCCUGAGCAGUCUGGACAGCCACAGCGCUUGCGUGGCGGUUGAUGCGGCGGCGAUGUACUCCGCCUCACAGCUGGACAGCGCCACCACCUUUUGCUUUGUGGAUUGCCAGCAGACCAAGCAGCCACCGAGGAAGAACAUGGUCCCGCUGGUGCUCUUGCUUGUGUCGACGUCGCCGGCGAGUUCACUGUUGCAGUAGCCGGUGAAGCGCAUCGCACCAGAGGCGCACUUGUAGUGCAGGCCGAAGUCCAGCGUCCCCGCGACGUAGCGCAGGAUCCGCUUGACAGCCUGCAAGUGCUCCGCCGUCGGACGCUCCAUGAAUCGGCUCACGUACCCGACCGCGAACGCCAGGUCCGGCCGGGUGUGGAUGAGGUAGCGGAGACUGCCCACCAGCCAGCGAUAGUGAGUAGGAUCAACCUCCUCUGCUUCACUAUCGCGACUGAGCUUGAGCUUCUCCAUUGGUGUGUGGACAGGGUUGCAGCCCUCCAUGCCGCCGAGCUCCAGGAUGCGCUUGGCAUAGUGAGCUUGGCGAAGCAUGAUGCCGCCUGCGUCCUGGUGCACUUCAAUGCCGUGGUAGAAGCUCAGUAGCCCGAGGUCGCUCAUGUCGAACCUCUGCUUCAUGGCCGCCUUGAACUUCUCCACCUUCCCUGCAUCUGCGCCGGCGAUGAUGAGGUCGUCGAUGUAGACCCCGACCAGCAGGACAGAGCGCCCGCAGCCCCGCCGGUACAUCGCCGCCUCGUGCGCGCUCUGUUGGAAGCCCAUCUCCUUGAGCAUGGCAUCCAGCUUCGCGUUCCAGGCCCGCGGCGCCUGCCUGAGUCCGUACAACGCCUUGCGCAGGCGAUACACCUUGUCUUCUUCUCCGGGGACGGCGAAGCCGGGUGGCUGUCGCACGUACACCUCCUCCUUGAGGUCCCCGUUGGGGAAGGCGGACUUCACGUCCAUGUGGUGCACGCCCCAUCCUUCCUGGGCUGCUAGCACGAGAAGGACACAGACGGACUCCAUCCUCGCCACCGGCGCGAAUGCGUCGUCUUAGUUGAUCCCCUCCUGCUAGACGAAGCCACGCGCCACUAGCCGCGCCUUGUGCUUGAUCACGGCACCCUUUCUCGUCCUUCUUGAGCUUGAAGACCCAUUUCAGGGUGAUUGGGCAGUGACCGGUCGGCGAAUCAAUGAGCUCCCAAGUCCUGUUCUACUCCACGGACUCGAGCUCCAGCUGCAUCGCCUCGUGCCACACUGGAUCGCCCUGUGCCUCCGCAUACGUGGACGGCUCUCCAGCGUGCGUCAGGUGCAGCUCCGCGCACACCCGCGACUCCACCUCUGGUACAGCUUCGUCGCCGAGGAUGUUGUCGAUCCUGCGGUACCGGAGAGGCUCGCCGUCGUAGAACGCGUCGAGGCGGUCCUCAUCAUCCUGCAGAGGGGUGGUUGACUCAAUUUGAGUCUGCGCUGCCCCUCCAGGAGUUGCCGAAGCAAGGGAUGGCGAGGGCGAAGUCGAAGCAAGGGAUGGCGCGGAAGCAGGGGACGGAGCGGAAGCUGAGUAGGGCGCACCGCCCGUUGAUGCUACGCUCCCAAUCUCCCCCGGAGAUGGAGAUCGAGGCAAGGGUGAGGCCGCGGUCGCAGAGGCGUCUUGCGCAUCUUGUCCGCCGGCGUCGAUCAGCUCGUCGUCGAAGACGAGCUCCUCUACCACCGACGCAGCAUGAUCUGCCCUCUUGCUCCAGUCCCAUCCGCGUGUCUCGUCGAAGACGACGUCGCGCAACACGAGCACGCACCGCGACACCAGGUCGUAGACGCGGUAUGCCUUGGCGCCGUCCGCGUAGCCGAUGAAGACGCUCGGCCUGCUGCGGUCGUCGAGCUUCCGCACCUGGUUCAGCUCCUUGACGAAGCAGUGGCAGCCGAAGACGCGCAGGUGCGCCACCACCGGAGCUCGCCCAUGCCAAGCCUCGUAAGGUGUCUUGCCUUGCAGGCUCUUGGUCGGCGAUCGGUUCAGCGGGUGGACCGCUGUGGCCACCGCUUCUCCCCAGAACUUGGCCGGCAUGCCUCGCUGCUUGAGCAGAGCCCGCGCCGUAGCCACCACGGUCUGAUUUCUCCGCUCUACCACGCCGUUCUGCUGAGGCGAAUAGGGAGCGGAGUAAUGACGCGUGAUACCUUCAUCGGCGCAGUAGUCGGCGAGUUAUGCGGCGGUGAAUUCCCGGCCGUUGUCGGUACGGAGGACGCGCAGCUUGCGCCCGCUGGCCUUCUCCGCCUCCGCCUGGACGCGCUUGAUCGCGUCCGCGGUGGCCAACUUUGCUGUCAGCAGAGACACCCACAUGAAGCGUGUGGCGUCAUCCACCAAAAGCAAGAAGAAGUGCCUGCCGCCGAGCGUCGUCGGCGUCACCGGUCCGCACAGGUCGCCGUGCACCAGUUCCAGUGGCUCCUGCGCGCGGUACUGGGCCUGGGCGGGGAAGGGCGCAUGCUUCUGCCUUGUGAGGACGCAUGUGUCGCAGAGGUGGCCGUCGUGCUUGAUCACCGGUAUCCCGCGCACCAUGUCGUCCUUGUAGAGCUUGUUCAAGGUGUCGAAGUGGAGGUGACCAUAGCGCUCAUGCCACAGCCACGCUUGAUCAUCUUUGCGCGCGGCGAGGCAAAGCUUCUGGUCCUCGGCUUGGUCAGGACGGCGCGGCUUGGCCGCGGUGAAGUGGUGGGUGUAGAGGAAGUUGGGACCGCGCAGGAAUUUGAUCAGGAGACGUCCGCGCUGAUCCCAGACCCUCAGAACACCGCCUCGGAUCCUCACUUCCGAUCCGUCCUUGUCCAGCCGCCCGAGACUCAUGAUCGAGUUCUUGAGCACCGGGAUGUAGAAGACGCCGUGCAGCAGCCACCGUUCACCGUUCUUCCCCUCGAACGAGAUGGUGCCGACGCCCUGGAUGUCCACCCUGGACGCGUCGCCGAACCGCAUCGAGCCAGACACAUCGCCGUCGAGGUCGGUGAAGAGCUCACGGCGCCCGGUCAUGUGGUGGGUCGCGCCGCUGUCGAGGUACCACUCGUCGACGUCCUCUUCGACGGCGGUGUUGAGGACGACUCGGGCGUGCCGCUCAUCGAGCUCGAGGAAGAGACCGUGCGCUGCUGCACGUUAUGCAACCAGCUCGACGGUGCCGUGCGCGAGGAAGAGACCGACGUCGACGUCUCCCUCCGCAACAUGUGCGGCACCGCGAUUUCGCCGCGGCUGGGGGCAAUCUCUAGCCCAGUGCCCAGCGCGGUUGCAGUUGUGGCAGGUGUCGUCGCGGCCCGCUCUGCGUUCGCCGCCAGCGUCACCUCCAUGAUCACCGCGUCCGCCGCCGGGAUCGGUCGCGCCGCUAGCACGGUCGCCCUUGGGCUUAUUCUUCCUGCCUCCACGGGGACGACGACGCUGCUCCUGGCCGUCCUUGGACGUGGUGGCGUUGUCUCCCUUCCUGCCGCCGGCGCGCCGCUGCUCGGAGUACAGCAGCUUGCCCUGCUCUAACUCCGACGCGCGUUCGCGGUCCUUGACCACCUUGAACCGCCCGGCAACGUCGUCGAUGGAGAGAUCCUAGAGGUCGAGGAGGGUCUCAAUGGAGAAGACGAGCUGCUCGUACCUCUUGGGCAUGCACCGGAGAAACUUCUCCACGGCGCGCGCCUCGUCGAGAUCGGUGUCGCCGUUGCGCACCGUCUGCUCCAUCAGGUUGGUGAGGCGAACUGCAAAAUCUUCAAUUUGCUCGUCAGGGAGAAAGGUGAGACCUUCCCACUCCUCGCGAAGGCGCUGGAGCGCGGCGCGGCGAACACGAUUGCUCCCAACGCGCCUGGCUUCGAUCGCCUCCCAGGCGAGCUUGGCGGUGGGCUUGUUGGCGAGGGUGGCUCCGAUCUCCGGUGGGACCGAGGCGCAGAGGGCCUCCAUCGCCCGGCGAUCCUGCUCGAAGUCGACGUCGUCGUACUUGAUGGUGUCCCACAAGAAGCGAGCUUGCAUCUUCACCUUCAUGAGGAGACUCCAUUCAUAGUAGUUCGACUGCGUGAGCAUCGGCCACCCGGUGCCGAUCUCACGGUAGAUGUGCGCAGCCGGCGAACGCCCGCGCCGCCCGCGGUGCCGUGGUGGAUAUGGCGACAUGCGGCGGCGGCGGUUCUUCGACUGGCGCGAUCCGUCAGACUCCUCUGACUCCGCCUCUCCUUCCUCCUCUUCCGCCUCCUCCGCCUUGAUCUCCGCUCGCAGAGCUGCAGCGGCUUCCACCGCGGCCUUGGCCGCGGCCGCUGCAUCCGCAGCUGCCUGCGUAGCAGCUGCCUCGGCGGCCUCGAGACGCGCCUUCCGCUCCUGCGCGGCGGCGUCGUCGCCGCGCGCGCCAUGGGUCUUGGAGGCGUCCGCAAGGCGGCGAGCUCUCGAGCUGGAGGUAGACAUGGUGGUGGCGGCGGCUGGGGAGGGGAGAGCGCUAAAACCCUAGCUCUUGAUGCCAAUUGUUGCCCAGGUAACUCACAAUCUCAUAGGAAAGGCCGGAGGUCAGCUUGACCAAAGGCCGCUUGAUUGAAUUGAAAUGGAGUUCACGGUUACAUAGAGAAGGGGAUGCUCUGCUUAUAUAGCAGGAGCUCACCCACUAAAGUGCUUAAAGCAAAAAGCAGCCCGGCUCAUCAACUUGGAAGCCAAGGCAAGUCUAAACAAGAAACUAAUGCAUAAUUAAGAUACAAACACUAGGCUUAUAGGCUAUCAGUACCUAUGCCGAUUGCUGCAUAAGAUAUCUUGGUGUUUCUUCUGUUUAUAAUUACUUGUGAAUUUGUGAUGGAUGGCAACAAAGAACUAUAUGAUAUUUAUUGGCUGUAGUAUGCCAACAUUCUUAGUAUGUUAAGUUUCUCACAGUAUUGAAUAUUGAAUAUUCAAUCCUUUCUGUCUUGAUAUUAAGGCUCUAUAAAAUUCUCACAAUAUUGAAUAUUGUUAUUGACUUAUUGUAGCGAUUUGUAUUCAAAUUUUGCCUGUUUUGGUUGUCUUUUUCCUUUCAGUGACUUUUUGUUUCUCUUGAUCCCUGGUAACUGCAUACUAGAUUACUUCGUACACUAUACCAAACUGAACAACUGAUGGUAGUAUUGAUUGCAAAUGUGCAUCCUUAACUUCCUCCACCCAAAAGAAAAACAUAAAAAGUAAAAAAAAGACAUGCAUGAUAUGUGGGCUACUUGCCCAAUUAAUUUGAUUGUUUGUAAAUGGAUUUUCAUUGUAAAUUCAUCCUCGAUUUGAUUUUCUUUUGUCCGGCAAUGGUUUGAGAUUUUUGAAGAUCUCUAAGCGUCAGACAUACUAGCAGAUCAAAAUCGUGACAGAACUCCGAAAUCUACUGCUUGUGGAAGACACGUCAAAGUAAGCAUAGAAAUUUCUUCUUAAACUUUUGCAAAUUAAGCUGUGUCAUCAGGUAUAACUUUUGUUGUCUACACAGGUAGCCGUAUUAUAAUCAUUUUUUAUUGCACAUUGUGCAUUGACUACCAACUACAGAGACCUGGUUGAAAAUCUUAAUAUUUUGAAUAAUUAGCACAAUAAGUAUAAGAACAUUAGUUUAGGUUCUGGAAGGAGGAAUCAGAGUUAGUAUAACUAAAUAAAUUCAGGAAGCACAUACACAAAUUUGAAAAAAAAAUAAAAAAUGAUGUAACUAGAAAUGUUGAUUUGUUCUAAUUUAUAUUGACUCAGCUCUUGGAGGAAGUCAGCUACAUUUUUCCUGCUAGGACAUGUGAAGCCAAUGGUAUUAAAGAAGCCAAUAACAUUCUGCCGAGGACCAUGAUAAACAAUUUGACCCUCACAUAGAAGGAUUAUGUCAUCAAAUAAUUCGAAUGUCUCUGGAGCUGGUUGCAGCAAUGAAAUAACCAUUGUGAGAUCCAUCAGAUGGGCCAUUUGUUGAAGAAAUGUCAUGAUUUCAAGUGUGGUAGAACUGUCAAGGCCGGUUGAUACAUCAUCCAUAAAGAAGCAUCUUGCACGACCGACUAGCAUCUCCCCUGUUAUUUGUUUCAACCAUAGUAAUGAAAAGUAACUAAUAAGAUUGCAGUUUGGUAACAAUGAAACUAAGGAGCCUACAGUUAUGGUUGAAUGCUUCAAACACUGCAAACAUCUGUGGUGCAUUCAUACAAAGAAAUGAUAUGUGCUUUUGAUAUGUACUGACCAUGAGUGUCUACAACUACAAUGUACUACAACUACAAUGUAUGUUCGUGAUUUGACCCUUGUGCUUUCCCAUAUGCUCAAAACCAUUCCUCUUGUAGUUUUAUUGAAAAUUGCGGAAUACUUCAAAUGGUUUGCUAAUAAGAAUCUAGUUAACCUUCUGUCAUCUUUUUGAGGUCCUUUCUCAGCUGUUGUUACCACUGUUCUGAAGUCAAGGCUACUAUAUGCUAUCUUAUUCUAAUUGUUAUUACCAAAGUAAUAAAUGAUGGAAGGACAUUUCUGUAAGAAACUAAGAAUAAUGUAAAACCAACAUUGUUUGCAAAAAUGCUUAACAUACAGUAAAUGCCAUUCACCAUUAAACCCAAUAUUGAUACGUUUGGUUUGAAAUCAAACAAGUUGGUCAACAUGUUAUAUCUGCAGUUCUUUUCUCCCUGAAAAUAAUGUAUGUUGCCAGUGCUUACCAAUUGUUGUUCUUUUUUUCUGUCCCCCAGAAAUUCCUCUGUGCAGCUCAUCUCCUACUAUAGUGUCAGCACAGUCAGACAAUCCAAGAAUCUGUAUUCGGUAAACUGUUAAGGUUAAAACAUUGUACCUUGAUGGUACCUUCAUUUAUUGAAAUACUUUUAAAGAUUAUACCUUGAUGAUGUAAUUAGUUUUAAGGUUGCUUCCCUUUCCAAGCUUGGUUGCCUGUAGGGAACACAAUUAAGCUGUUAUUCUAUAAAAAUAAACUGAAGCUUCUUGAAAGAAUGACUAUGCAACACCUUGGAAAAUAGGUCCUGGUACACUUCACUGCUAGUAUCCAUUUCCCAUUGCAAUGCAUCUCCCAGCAUCUCUGAAGUAGUUAUCACCAAUUGGAUCAAUUAAUUAGCUAUAUCAGUUUGGAUGAAUGUAGCGAUCGCUUAAGGAUAGGUAUUUAAUUUUGUUUUGAUAAAAAACGAGAAACACAAAGUCCUACCAAAUUCAUUGUUGGCCCCUAGCAUGUUUGAAGCGAAAUUAAUUGUCUCCCUCACUGUCAUUUCGGGAUGAUGAAGGUCAUUCUGGCUGACAUAAGCACAGAGGUAUUGUGGUGUAGAUGAACUUGUUUCAGCAUUGUACAUGACCUUUCCACGCAACUGUUGUCAAGAAAUCACACAAUUAUUGAUCUUGGUUAUUUGAUAAUAAAGAUAGAUAUCACUUGGAACCAUUCUCUGCAUGCUAGCUAUUCUAUGAUUUGAUUUUCACUAGUUUUUCAGCACUGGAGUUGUUACAAUUGGUUCUACCUUCAAAGAAGAAUCUAGUUUUCCUGCCAGUGCUCUUAAGAGGGUCGUCUUUCCUGAUCCAGGUGCUCCGAGAACAAGCGUCAUUCUGGACACAAGAACAACUUAUUUGUUGAUGUCUAGAUUAUUAAGUUGAAAUGUUGGACAAAUAUUCGGAUAUAGUAGUCGAAACAUUUCAGUUAAAUUGUUCCCGGUGACAAUAAUUUAGAUAAACUGUAGCAAUAUUUUCCUUUGAAGUGUUCUUUUAUAGACGCCCUAUAUUACUUAUUUUUGAAUAAGUUAUCGUGUCCACUACAUAUCAGUGAGACAUCAUAGUCGGCAUGUAAUGCUAGGUCAUGUAAUUAACUCUACCUGAAUGAUCUUAUUGUCCCACUCACUCCAUCUAUGAUUUUGAACGUCUUUGUCUUGGAGCGGCAGAGACGGAGAGAAUCCAAUAGAGCCUGCACCAGAAGAACUUAUCAGUGAACUUUCAAAAAAAAAACUUAUCAGUUGUCUAGGUUCCUUGUGGUGGAACUUGCCAAUCCGGGUUUGAGUCCUUGACUUGGUAUGGGUACUUGUAUUUUUUAAAAUUUAUUCUAACUGGUGCUAAUCUUUCAUUGGUAGGCAACAUGCCCAUCGACAGUGCUAAUCUUUCAUUGUAGGCAUCAUGCCCAUCGACAGCAAGACAUCUACCGUGACUUCGUCGAUCUCGGCAUAAGUGUGUGUGCGUGUAUGUUAUAUGUUAGCUGCAUCUGUACUGUAUUUCGCAAAAAAAUAGAGGGAGUAAUUUUUUUAAAUAAUAUAACAGGGAUUGUUCCCUACAGUAAAAAUCA